CGAAGACACCCGCGGCGGUGUUGGUCUCCGCGACGCUUGCAAUCGCGAAUGCUGAUGAGAAUCACCAAUGUCCGUCAGUCAGAGUCCAAGUCGUCAGUCUUCAUCCACGAUCAUAGACCAGACUGCGCAAAAGCACUCCACCCUUUGGGUCUCAUUCGCGCUUACCCUAUCGACCAAAGGACCCUUUCAGCUUACAUAGACUUCACGACAUCGCACGGAAGCAGCUUCGUUGAUCUCAAGAAAGGACACUAGCCAACCCAUCGGCGCCUCAUCGCAUCAUGUCUUGGCAAGGUUACGUCGAUACCAAUUUGGUUGGCACUGGCAACGUCACUGCAGCUGCUAUCUUGGGUCUGAAAGGAGGGGUGUGGGCCUCUAGCGCCGGAUUUACCAUCACGCCUCAGGAACAACAAGCUAUCGUCAGUGGAUUCGAUGAUCCCUCACCACUCCAGGCUGGCGGCAUUCAUGCGGGUGGCAAGAAAUACUUUACCCUCAGCGCCAACCCUAGAAGCAUUUAUGGAAAGCAGGGCGCCGGCGGCAUAAUUCUGGUGAAGACAGCGCAGGCAGUCUUGGUGGGUCAAUACAACAGCCCCAUCGUCCCGGGUCAAGCUACCAAGGUCGUUGAGGGGUUGGCGGACUACCUGAUUCAGUCUGGCUUCUGAGCGGCGCG